AUGGCAAGCCAUCAUUCCAACGUUCUUGGCCGACUAGUCGACAAUCAGGUCGAAUACAGCUUCAUCCCACGCCACCCCAUCAAAUUUGGCCCUGGCCUCCACCUUAGCAUCCAGUCGUCUCUUCCAUAUCGAAUCAACCGACCCAUGCGUCACGUCGCUUUCUUUGGAGCAACGGGUUACACCGUCUUCAGGUGUCUGAUGCAUGCUCUUCAGAAUACCUCGAUAUUCUGCCAUGUUUCAGAGGAGGGUGACAAGUGCGACGUCUACAUCAGCGAAGCUGGCAUUUGUCACGUAUUUGACGCCUUGCGCAUGCGCUUCGCCGCCUUCCCGCCGAUGCGAAAACCGCGCCUCAUCAGCAUUGGCUCCCUUUCCGUUGACGAGCAAGUCGAUGAUGCCUCUGACCAGCUCGCAAUGAAAGUUAGACCUCUUUACUUAUGGUUCAUGGGAAUGGUCAGUAAGGAAGUUCUCGACAAUGAAGUCUUUCUCCGGGAAGCGCCUUAUGGCAGUGAAGGCAGCGAUACGAGCAGCUGUUACUCGGAAAACGAGCGCCACACAAGCAGCAGCAGCAUAAGCAGCCUUUCGUCUCGAGACUGGGACCAGCCCAAGGUGAACUUUCCACCGAGAACGCCAUAUGACGACAAGGUGGGAAUGGAGUAUACCAUUAGCGAAGAGUGCAACAAGGAACUCUACAGUUCCAGUCUGAUUGUAAGACCGACCCUUCUCACAUACACAAAGCCAUGCGGAGUCGAGGCAGUGCGGGUUGGCCAGGAAGGAAACCCACGGCCGCUAGGCUGGACAAUCAGCAGAUUCGACGCUGGCCACUGGCUAUACCAAUACGGUAUAUGCGGUAAUAUGGAAGCAUCACUUGAUCCGAUUCCCAAGAGCCCUCAUCCAAUUGAGGGUUAUACUAUGGACAGGGAUCAGUUGGGACUGAGAGCAGACAUAGGUUGUCAUCCAUGA